AUGUCCACGAUUUCUAAGCACUUUGGACUGAAAUACGAAGAAGAAUCGUACAUCUUUAAAGAGAUUGAGAAGGUUCACAAGGAGACUAAAAAGGAAUUUCUCCGAUUCAAGGAGAAGUUGGCCUCCAAGCCGGCUGUGGGUGAAGUCCCUGUUUUCGGCCUCCGGGUCCCCGGUCCGGCCCGGCAUGGGGGGAAGUGGAGCGUUUCCCGCGCCAGACCCCAAAAGCCACCAGACUCCCCUCGGGCCAAAGGCCGUGCGCCCCUCGAUGCGGCCCUCCCGCAGCCGGCGCCCCGAGGCGCAGCGCGGCCCCCGGGCCCGAGCGAGGCGGCCGCUUCCGGGAAGACCCAGCCCUUCUGCCCCCAGGACUUCUACUUGCGGAGCUCCGCGUUCCUCCGGCACUGGCCCCAGAAGAAGCCGCCGGUCAUCGCCUCCAGGGCGGGCACGUCCAGACCCGUGGUCCUGAUGCCGCCACCUGCGCCCAGGGGGAAGGUCCGGGCGCACCAGGGCGCCAGGAGCCCACGGCCCGCGGGCUCCAAGCCGGUCCUCGACCCGGCCGGGGGCCGCGACGCGAGCCAGGAGCCGGCUCGGCUCGCGGAGGCCCGCAAGGCCAGAGAGACGAAGGGCGGCUCCCUGUCCGGAGACGAGGGAGACUCGGAGGCGGCCGGCCGGCGGAGUGAAGUGAGGAUUCACACCCGCUUCCUGCGCGAGGGCUCGCGCGGCGAGUCGCGGGAAGCCCCCGUGUCGGUUUCCAAAACCGACCGCGAGAGCGAUCCGCCGAGUGACGCGCGGGAGGCCGCCCCGCAGGACCCGCAGCCCGUGCGAGCGAUCCCGGCAUCCAUCGAGAUCAUCGCCUCGCUUCAGUCCGAGGCCCAGCAGGCCUCCAACCCGAGCAUCAAAGAGCUCAUCCAGAGCGUCCUCGGCCAGAACUACGACAUUAAAAUGCAAGAUAUUUCUUUAAUGGGAAAAGUGUGCUGGCCAAAAACACCGCAAGUGCAAGCAGAGCAAGGACUGCAGAAUGUGCUUGAGAAGCUUCCUGAAGCUGUAUCAAGUACUUUCCAGAUUGAACAAGAGGACGUAUCGGAACGGGGAGUCUCAGAUGCAGAAAUCAUAUUAUUUAAGCCUCAGGAGACUUUGGAAGUUCAGUCAGCAGAUGAAUCAAGUACACCUUUGGAAGGUGAACAGCCCACUGGUGAUUCAAAAACAACCAAGCGGCUGUCUUUAAAGCCGAAAUUCAGGGAUCGUGUGGCCUCUAGUGUCACAGCUUUUGACUCUGGAGCCUUGCUGUGUCUGUUUGAAUGCUCACUGGCAAAAAAGUCUACCCACAAAAGAAGUAACUGGAACCCUGCCACAGAAGAACUCAACGUCACCAUGACUGCUUGCCAGCAGGAACAUCAGAACCUUCUUCGUUCCAAAUUAAUACUGCAAGGAAUUCCUGUUAUGGGUGACAAUCAAGAAUAUGUUGCCGUCCUUCCAACAAGACCAGGGAUACCACCUGAAUUGGCACCAGGAACUGGACGGAGUGCUCAGAAACCACACCUACAACUCUCGGGAGAGGAAGUGUCUGCUUAUCCAGGAUUUACCAAGUUGUUUUGGAAUCUGACUUCGCCCAAAUUCUCUGUUCCAGUAUCUGUCAUAAAGGAAACCGUAUAUCCAAAAUAUGAGAGUGUGCAAGCAAGCAGAAUUUUAUUUGAGAAAUUUACAUCUGAAAGCAAGGAACGUGUCAUUACUUUAAAUCAACAUAGAAAGUCAGUGUAUAUUUGUCAUUUGAUUAUUUCACAGAUGUUUUUCCUAAGAAAAUCAGCCUCAUUUGAAAAUAUCCAAAAAUGUUUCAGCAUGCAAUCUCCACAAUUAAAGAGAGUAAAAUCUGCAGUUGAGUUGAAGAAGGAGACCAUAACUCCAUUAGAGAUUAAGGAUGACAUGCAAAGCAAUAUGAAAGAGGUGACGUUUCAGAAAACAAAGGAGUUGGAGCACUGGAUGGCUGAGCAAAAUGAAACUGAGGAACCCGUCCCUGUGAAAGACAAUACAGAUACUAUUUUAGACAACAUGCAGGGCAGAUACAGUUCGAGAGGCCUGUCUCCCUCUCUCAUUGAAGCAUCUAGACAAGCUGGCAUUACUAACGUUGUUUAUCCCAAGAAAAAGAAGAUGAAACUGAAGAAAGGAUUAAGACUCAGUAAACUUACACUUGUGUAUGAUGAGUUAUCCAAGCCUCCAAAAAUUCUUAAAAGAUCAGAGUCUCACGGAAUCCUUCCUGGACAGAAGAAAUUUUUGCUCAAAGUUCCACUAUAUGAACGUCUAUUACGGUGUCCCAGUGUACCUUUGUGUUUAAAUUUUGACAAAUUUGCCCAGAGUAAAGGAAGAAUCCCAGAAAAUAGUGGUCCUCAAACAUGGGCUCUUGACAUGUUCUCUAAGCCUAAACAAAAGAAGACAACCCCAAGAGAGAAAGUUGUUAAAAUAUCUGUUCAUGAAGACUCGUCUGAAGGAGUGAAAAAAACACCAGAAAUAGAAUUGAGUGAUUCUUUCGAGUCUCGUCUUCCUCCAGCGGUCAUUAGACAUUAUGAAUCCGAAGUGGAGAUCUUGACUGAAGAAAUAAAUAGUAAGAAGAAAUAUCCUGCAUUUUUAUAUUGUAGGCGCGGAGCUCUUUAUAGGAAACUGGGAAAGCUCCAGAGUGCCAUGAAUGAUCUACAGGAAGCUAUACUCUUGGAGCCAUUGUUUCUCAAUGCCUAUUGGCACCGACAUUUCAUUUAUCUUUUCCAAGGCAGAAUUAAUGAAGCUUUGGAUGACUUGAAUUAUAUAAAUAAAUAUAAUAAAAAUAAUGCAGAGGCAUAUAUUUCAAGGGCAGAAAUUUUCAGAGGAAAAAAAGACAGUACUUUGGCAAUUGUGAAUUAUACUCAAGCAAUUAAGUGCAAGCCCAUGGAUGCUGAUAUAUAUUUCAGGAGGGGUGAGAUGUACGAAAUAGAAAACAAAGUACUGGCCAUUGAUGACUUUACUAAAUGUAUCUUUUAUGAUCCCAGAAGAACAGAUGCAUUAUUCAAACGUGGGAUGUUCUACUAUGAAAAUGAAAACUGGAUUGCAGCUGAAGAGGAUUUUACAACCUUGUUAAAUAUAGAUCCCCAAAAUUCUCAAGCAAGGACAUACCGAGGGAGAGUAUAUUUUAAACAGCACUUUUAUAAGCAAGCAACUCAAGAUCUUUCUACUGCAAUUCACUUAGAUCCUAAUAACUGGUUAGCAUUGUAUUACAGAGCCUGCUUAUUUAGGAAGAGUAACCCUCUUAGAGCACUGCAGGAUUAUAGUGUUUCAGCUCUCAUAAAUGACGGCUGUGAGAAUCUUAGCUGCUUCCUGCAUCGUGGCACACUCUACACGGAUCUAAAACUUUGGUUGCUGGCAGUUUGUGACUUUGAAGCUGUUAUUUCUCUAGAAAGAACGAUUAUUUUGCCUUAUAUAAAUAUUGGCCUCAUAUAUCUACUACACCUGGAUAACUACAUUGAAGCCACUCGGUAUUUUUCUGAGGCUAUUAGACUUGACCCUAUGUAUAUUCAAAGCUAUAUUUGUCGAGCAGAAGCCUAUCAUAAGUUGCACAAAUUGAAAAAGGCAGUAAGAGAGUUAUCUCGUGCUAUCCACCUUCAGCCAGAUGGAAUCCAAUUAUAUAUAAUAAGAGGACAAUAUCUUCUUAGGAUGAAGUGCUAUGGUCUUGCAAAGUUCACUAUUUACCAAGUAGCAGAAAUGACCAAAGGUCUCAUUGAGUUGAGUCCUAUACAGCAAGCACUCAUUUAUUCAUUUUGUGAGAAACAUGACAAGGCCAUUCAGGUCUUAGAUGGGAUCACUUUGAAUAAGCCUGAGGCCACCAUGUAUGCUCUAUUGGCAAAAGCUCAAAUGAAGGCCAAGAGGAACAAGGAAGCCAUGAGAAUGUUUAAAAAGGCGUUGGAUAUCUUUUCUCAUUCUGAUAAAGGACGAAAUGCCGUAGCAGCUUCAUCAGACUGUCUGUUUCACUUGGGUCUUUGUUACAUGGAGGAAGGCAACUUACAACUGGCUUUUGAUUCUUUUACAAAAGCUGUGAAAGCAGAUCCUGAUUUUGCAGAAGGCUUUUAUCAACGUGGGCUUUGUAAAGUAAAACUCCACAAGGACAGUUCAAUCCUGGAUUUUAAUCGUGCAAUUACCCUUGAUCCAAAACAUUACCAGGCAUAUUUAAGUCGAGUAGCCUACUAUGGUUUGAAAGGCAGAUACUCCAAAGCAAUCUUGAGUUGUAAUGAGGCCAUCCAAAUUUAUCCUCAGAGUGUGCGUGCCUACCUCUACAGAGGAGUUCUGAAAUACUACAACAAGACUUACAAACUAGCGAUUACAGAUUUAACUACAGCUAUCAACAUGGAUAAAAACAGUUAUAUAGCAUUUUAUAACAGAGCAUUAUGUUACACCAAGAUAAAUGAACUUCAAAUGGCAUUAACAGAUUAUGGAAUUGUGCUUCUCCUUGAUGCUGGAGAAACUGUGAUGUUAAACGCCUUUAUUAAUCGUGGACUUAUCUACACAGAACUACAGCAGUUCAGUUUUGCAUUAGAGGAUUUUAAACAAGCUGCACUGAUAAGCAAGACUAAUGUGAGCCUUUGUCAAGCUACUGCCAUGUGCUAUCACAGAAAUAAAGAGUUUGAAGAAGCUGUCAAUUUCUUUACCUGGGCUGUGAAAAUUGAUCCCUACUUUCUGGAUGCUUACAUCGGACGGGGAAAUUCUUACAUGGAAUAUGGACAUGAUGAGGCCAUCAGACAAGCACAGAAGGACUUUCUGAAAGCACUGCAUUUUAAUCCAGUCUAUACAAAAGCCAGAAUUUGUUUAGGCUAUAAUUUGCAGGCCCAAGGAAAAUUCCAGAAAGCUUGGAACCACUUUACCAUUGCCAUAGAAGUUGAUCCGAAGAGCUACCUAGCCUAUGAAGGAAGAGCUGUGGUCUCUCUUCAGAUGGGUGAUAAUUUUGCUGCAAUUCAGGAUAUAAAUGCUGCCAUAAAGAUCAAUACUAGAGCAGAAUUCUUAACAAAUCGUGGUGUGAUUCAUGAGUUUAUGGGUCAACAACAGAAUGCAAUGAGAGACUAUCAAGCAGCAAUUUCUCUAAACCCCAUGUACUCGCUGGCUUACUUUAAUGCAGGAAAUAUCUAUUUUCACCACAGACAGUUUUCCCAGGCUAUUGACUACUUCUCAAAGGCUUUAAAGUUUGAUCCAGAAAAUGAAUGUGCUACCAUGAAUCGAGCUAUUGCAAAUACAGUAUUAAAGAGCUAUGAAGAAGCAAAAGAAGACUUUGCACAUGUAGUUGAAAGCUGUCCAUUUUGGGCUGCAGUAUAUUUUAACAGAGCAUACUUCUACUGUUGUUUAAAGCAAUAUGAACUAGCUGAAGAAGACCUAAGUAAAGCUCUGUCUUUGAAACCUAAUGAUGCUCUAGUAUAUAAUCUUAGAGCAGAAGUUCGUGGUAAAAUAGGUCUGAUUGAUGAAGCUGUGGCUGACUAUAACCAAGCACUUUAUCUUCAGGAACAUGCCUCAGUGAUAUGACUACAUAGACCAUGGGUUCUGUGGUAGUUUACACAGCUGUUCUUCCAUAAAUUGAAAAGUAUUUGUUGCUUUAAAAAAAGUUUGCACUGUCUUCAUUGUUUUGUGCUUUAUGUUUAGUCUUUUAUAUAAUUCUUUAAUGCAUUUUAGCAACACCU